CUCUUUUGUUGUUUGGUUUCUUCUUUUUUUCCUCUUCCCUUCUUCAUUCGGGCAAUCUCUCUCUCAAUAAAACCCUAGAUUAGACUAAUAUGAGCUAAAUUUUGUUCCUCGCAAUUAAAAUUGAGAGCUGAAUUUUCCUCUCCAUCUGAUAAUUAGGGUUUUCGAUUCCAAUUUUUUUAAAUAAAUUUGGGACAUGGAAAGAAUUUUAUCAGAUAAUGAGCAGAGCAUGGUCUCUUGCUUUCUCGAGAUCGCCGUCGGUCAAACCGCCGAGACCGCCGUUCAGUUUCUUCAGGCCACUAGUUGGAAGCUUGAGGAGGCUCUUCAGUUGUUCUAUAUUGGCAAUGAAGGUACGCACGUGGCAUCUGCAUCACCGUCAGAAAAUGCUCAACCUUCUAGGGAAUUGAAGAACAUUGAAAAUAUAAAUGCUGGACUAAACAAUGCAGACGAAGUGCGUCCUCCUUUGCCAGUUGUGAGGGAGACUCUGUAUGAUGAUAUGAUGGCUUUUAGAGCAUCAAGGAUGGGAUAUCCUCCACAGGAAUCUAGUUCGGUAGUGGCAUUUCGCAACUUUGAUGAGGAAAUGAAAAAUCCUGGGGUCUGGGAAUCAGACCAAGGGGCUACAUCUACAGCGGACGAUGCUCGAGAUAAUCUUGCUUCAUUGUAUCGUCCUCCGUUUCAUUUAAUGUUGCAGGGGUCAUUUGAGAAGGCUAAAGGUGUUGCUUCUGUUGAGAACAAAUGGCUGCUGGUGAAUAUACAAUCUACUAAGGAGUUCAGCUCACAUAUGCUUAAUCGAGAUACAUGGGCUAAUGAAGCUGUUUCUCAAACCAUCAGUAAUAACUUUAUAUUUUGGCAGGUAUAUGAUGAUACAAGUGGAGGCAAGAAAGUCUGCACCUAUUACAAAUUGGAUUCUAUUCCUGUAGUGCUUGUAAUCGACCCAAUAACAGGACAAAAGAUGCGUUCAUGGAGCGGAAUGGUGCAGCCUGAGAGUUUGCUUGAGGAUCUAGUGCCAUUUAUGGACGGUCACCCGAAGGAUCAUCAUGCAACUCUGUCACAUAAACGUCAAAAGGGAAGUUCUCAGGCUUUGCAGAAAAACAAAGGUGAAACUAAUGAAGAAGAUGAGGAAAUGUUACGGGCAUUAGCUGCUUCUAUGGAGGUUAUCAAAGACUUGGAUAGAGCGACUUCUGACAAUAAAGACGCAACUGGUGCUGACAAGGAUGAGAAAUCAUGCCUAGUCAACAAACCUGUUUAUCCGCCGCUGCCUGAGGAACCCAAGGGUGACAGGAGCCUUCUUUGUAGGGUUGGAGUUCGUUUUCCUGAUGGACGCAGGGUGCAGAGAAAUUUCCUGAAAACUGAUCCUUUACAGCUACUUUGGUCAUUUGUCUCAUCUCAACUAGAAGAAGCUGCGACAAGGCGGUUUCAAUUAAUUCAGUCAAUCCCAGGAUCAAAGAGUCUGGAGUAUGACAGUAAAAUCAGUUUCGCCGAGUCAGGCGUAGCCAACUCAAUGAUCUCGGUUGCGUGGGAGUGAAUCUUUGCUUUAUUUAUUAUGUAAAUUAUCCAUGUUUAAUCACGAAUCUAUAGCUUUUUAUGCAGCUCAAAGGUUUAUCCAAAAUAUAUAUUGUAUGCUAUUUUGGUAUUGUAGUUGUUGGGCAUGAUCCCUCUGCUACAGGGAUUUCAAACUGAAUUUGAAAUCUCUAUUACUUCCUUUUUUGAAGCAAGUGUUCUACUUAUUCUUUA